CCAUCAGACUCAAUUCAUUCAGUUCUGCUCAGUGGUGCGACAAGGAUUGGGGGCCUUAGGUGGGAAAGAGAGAGGAAAAAAGUUCACUUCACACCAUUGGGUGCCAAGAGAAGGGGAACACAACUACACUGGAGCUCUCACUGUGCGCUGAUUGUUGAUCAUGGGUGACUGGAGCUUCUUGGGAAACAUAUUAGAGGAAGUAAAUGAACACUCGACGGUGAUUGGGAGGGUGUGGCUCACAGUGCUCUUCAUCUUCCGGAUCCUCAUCCUGGGCACGGCCGCUGAGUUCGUGUGGGGCGACGAGCAGUCGGAUUACGUGUGCAACACCCAGCAGCCUGGUUGCGAGAACGUGUGCUACGACGAGGCUUUCCCCAUCUCGCACAUCCGUCUGUGGGUCCUCCAGAUCAUCUUUGUGUCUACGCCCUCGCUGGUGUACGUGGGCCAUGCUGUGCACUAUGUCCACAUGGAGGAGAAGCGAAAGGAGCGCGAGGAGGCCGAGCUGAACCGCCAGCAGGAGCUGAGCGAGGAGAGGCUGCCGCUAGCGCCCGAUCAGGGCAGCGUGCGCACCACCAAGGAGACCAGCACCAAGGGCAGCAAGAAGUUCAGACUGGAGGGCACCCUGCUGAGGACCUACAUCUGCCAUAUCAUCUUCAAGACGCUGUUUGAGGUGGGAUUCGUGGUGGGCCAGUACUUCCUGUACGGCUUCCGCAUCCUGCCACUGUACCAGUGCAGCCGCUGGCCCUGCCCCAACACCGUGGACUGCUUCGUGUCACGCCCCACCGAGAAGACUGUCUUCAUCAUCUUCAUGUUGGCCGUGGCAUGCGUCUCGCUCUUCCUCAACUUCGUGGAGAUUAGCCACCUGGGCCUGAAGAAGAUCCGCUUCGUGUUCCGCAAGCCGCCGCCCCAGACCCAGGGCGGCGAAGGCCAGAGCCCCCCCGGGGAAAAGAGCCUGCACUCCAUGGCUGUGUCGUCCAUCCAGAAGGCCAAGGGCUACCGGAUGCUGGAAGAAGACAAGCCCGCAUCGCACUUCUUCCCCUUAACAGAGGUGGGCAUGGAGGCAGGCAGGCUGCCCACACCUUACCAGGCGGAGAGUGAGAACGUCUCUAAAGUGUACGACGAGUCUUUGCCUUCCUACGGCCAGACCACUAGGGCAGAGGUGAGGGUCCUACCAGAAAGUGGCAAGGACGAGGGACCCGCGGACCCCGACGUGGAGGCUACCGACACGAUAGCAGACACCAGACCACUCAGCAGUUUAAGCAAAGCCAGCAGCAGGGCAAGGUCAGACGAUUUGACAGUAUGAAAGUGAAAUCAAUGUGAAAAAGCAUGGGAGCGAAGCCUCACAGAGCCUUAACUCUCGCUGUAAUGGAAGUUAACAUCAGCUUGUUAUUCGGGAAAAAGAGUUUAAAAUGCUGUGCAAUGUGCAAGGAGCCUUUAGUUUUAAAAGAAAGAUAAACUUGUAUUUUAUAAGACAGCAUUUUUUGUACUGUUUUUAUCAAUCUAUUUAAAAGCUAACAAAACGAAAAAAGGUCAUUUUCAGCAGGAUUUGUAUCGUACAAGAGGAGGUUAUUAUUUAACAAAA